CUAGGCAAGAGCUGUAACACUGAACUACAUAUUGUUGUUUUGAGACAAGGUCUCACUAAGGCUGGCCUCAAACUAAUGAUCCUCCUGCCUUAGAGUCACAGGUGCCAGCCCUGAAGUUGCAAUCUUGAUGAAUUUCUUCCUGGGGAAACUUCAGUUUUGCUCACAAGGCCUUUCAACUGGGUAGAUGAAUCCCACCUACACUAUGGAGUGUGGGGAUCAAACCCAGGGCCUUCCACACCCUAGUACCGGGAUUCUAGUCGAGAUGGAGGAAGAUGCGACCCGAAGCCGUCAUUCGCUGGGAACGGAGGGCAGAGCUGGGGCUGCAGCCUAGAAGUUCGGGCUUGGAGUUCGUCUCAGACACGGUGGAACCUCCGGGGUCUGAGAAGGUCCUCAAGCAUAAUGGAGGACAAACGCAACAUCCAGAUCAUCGAGUGGGAACACCUGGACAAGAAGAAGUUCUAUGUGUUUGGUGUGGCAAUGACAAUGAUGAUCCGUGUCAGUGUAUACCCAUUCACCCUCAUCCGCACCCGACUGCAGGUUCAGAAGGGCAAGAGCCUCUACCAUGGGACCUUUGACGCGUUCAUCAAGAUCCUACGUGCAGAUGGCGUGUCGGGUCUCUACCGGGGGUUCCUGGUCAAUACUUUCACACUCAUCUCCGGCCAGUGUUAUGUCACCACUUACGAGCUCACCCGGAAAUUUGUAUCUGACUACAGCCAGAGCAACACAGUCAAAUCACUUGUGGCUGGUGGCUCAGCCUCCCUGGUGGCCCAGAGCAUCACAGUGCCCAUUGAUGUAGUCUCCCAGCAUCUGAUGAUGCAGCGCAAGGGUGAGAAAAUGGGCCGCUUCCAGGUGCAUGGGAACCCAGAGGGACAAGGCGUCAUUGCUUUUGGCCAAACUAAGGACAUCAUCAGGCAGAUCCUGAGGGCUGAUGGGCUUCGAGGCUUCUACCGAGGCUACGUGGCUUCACUGCUUACAUAUAUCCCAAACAGUGCUGUCUGGUGGCCCUUUUAUCACUUCUAUGCAGAGCAGCUCUCGUACCUGUGUCCUAAGGAAUGCCCUCACAUUGUCUUUCAAGCUGUCUCGGGGCCUCUGGCUGCAGCCACUGCCUCCAUACUCACCAAUCCCAUGGAUGUCAUCCGAACCCGUGUGCAGGUUGAAGGCAAGAGCUCCAUCAUCCUGACGUUCAGACAGCUGAUAGCAGAAGAGGGGCCUUGGGGCCUCAUGAAGGGCCUCUCUGCUCGAAUCAUCUCAGCCACCCCCUCCACUAUUGUCAUUGUGGUGGGCUAUGAGAGUCUCAAGAAACUCAGCCUCCGACCUGAGCUGGUGGACUCGAGACACUGGUAGCCAGCAGUGGACAGAGAAACCUGCUGUUUCCUACACUACUCUGGGCUGGGGCAGAGCAGGGAACAGUGCCCUCUCUAAUGCUCCCACCAUAUACCCAGCCCUGCCCUGGGCAAGGUAGCCUACCUGGGACAGGGCAGAGUCUUUGGACUGUUCUUGUGGAAGAGGUUCCAUUCCUGGCUCCUCUGCCCCCACUGUUUUUAUUUCUCCUGCUUCCUUACUCAGCCCCUGUACUUAGUCCACUACCCUGAAGAGCCCACCCCCCCACCCUGCAAGCAUCUCUCUGGCUUCCUUUUCCAUUUGUUUCUGAGACCCUGGAAAGAGCUGUGCAUAGAGCUUGCUUCCUUCUUCCUCUUGGGUUUUCAGCCCAGACUCUAAGCAGCUGCCCAGUCCUUUCCCACUUCAUCCAUUAGGUUUGCUUAUUUUUAAUUUGGAACUGAGCUGCCCACUGGACUAUUCCACUUUUCCCUGCCUCUUGGGGCAAGUUGCCUGGCACUUUUGCACAAGGAGUAGGAGCAGCAACCCCCCUCUGGCUCUUCAGAGCACUCUUCCUCUCUGGAGAAGUUACCAGGAUGGGGAGAAAUGUUGAUACUUUAUUUUAUGUAUUUUUUAAACAUCUGUGAACCAGACUAUUGUCUUAGACCUGCUAAAGUACCAGUCCUGCUGUCAGAACCCACAUCUUCCUCAGACAAGUGGAAAAAUGUCAUGUAGUUUUUUUUCCUUAAUCCCAGUUCUUUAUGUCUCCAUUGUCCCUUCAGUGCUCCUUCAGUCUCAGGACCCUCUGGACAAUAUAAGCUGUUGGCUUCCCUUAGCCAGAUAACAAGAGUGGAGGGCACAGUUCUAAGUAAAUCAGGCUUCCAAGGGUACACAGGAGUUGGAGCACAACCCUGAAAAGUCAAGUUGAGAGAGUAAAUUGGUUUGGAAAGUGACAUGAGGCUGUAUGUUCCCCAUAAUAAUAUCUCUUCAGGUCAGCUGAGCCAAGCCAAGCCCAGGAGAAGGUAGUGGAGAUUCUUGGCCCCAGGUAGCCAUGACACAUAUAUACCCUAGUCAGUCACUCACAACAACAGAUGUCUCACGAUGCAAAUCUCUUAGAUAAGGAAUGUUUUUUUUCUUUUUGGAUGUGAAGAGUCUUCCCGGUCAUGGCACUCUGUGCUUGCAAGAGAAUAAAGAACAGUUCAGGAAGUUACCCAAUACGAGGACCAGUGCAUUUACCAGCCCGAUACUGCCAAGCUUAUCUGUUGAAACUCUCCUCAGGAGCUAGGAGAUGGCGCUUCUCCUUCCUUGCCUCAUUCUCAUUCACCUCCACCAAGCCUGUGUUGCAGGCAGAGAGGUGCAGCAAAUGGAAUAAGAAGGCAGCCAAACCCUGUCUUUCUUCUUGAGACAUUAGGCCUGGAUGAUCCUCUAAACCUUUUUAAUGGUCCCACCCCCUGGGAAAGGCCAUGGUGCCAAUUUGAAAGGUGCUAGCUACCUGAAGCCUUGAUAUUUUAUGGCUUCUCCACAUUCUUCCAUCCUGGCCAGAUCAGAAUCUGAAAAUCAUAUUUCUCUACCUUUGUCACUACCACAUUAUUUUUAAAUUUUGUUUGUCCUUCCUGCACUUUGUCAAGAGAGUCCUCCAAUUCAUACUACAAAUGGUCAUCCAAAGGGUUGAGCCCACAAAUCAUUCUGUUAUCUUUCAGCCCCUAACCUCUUUACCACGAAUGUAAUAGAAACAAGGGACCCUCUUUCUUUAAGCUUUUCCUAGUGAGCCUUCCCACACACACACCCUUGGCAGUGCUGGGGUUGAGCUAAUGGUCUCCAGCUUGCUAGGAAGGCACUCUAUUGUUUGGGCCACAGCCCUACAAAGACCUUCAAAGAUUGGUUUACUCAGCUCUACAAAUUUCUCUCUCUACAGACUCGUUUUAGAUCUUUCCCUACUGUGGUAAAAUAUGGACAGAAGGUAUUUGCCUCCUGCAUUAGGUAUUUUUUAGUUUCUUUCUCCCUCCCACUCCAGACUCCUUAUAUCCUUAUAGUCUUUCUCUCUCUCUCUCUCUCUCUCUCACACAACACGCACGUACGAGAGUUUGGAUGACGUGUGUAAAUUAAAAGGACCCCUGGCCCCUAUUUUCCUUGUUUAGGGCCCGGGAUGGGUUUACAAUAGAUCUUGAUGAGGAGGGGCAGUGGACUACUUGUUUCCCUUAACUGGCGACCAAAGCAGCUGGAAAUUUUGAUAUAUUGGAGGGUAGCCAAAGUAGAAAAACUGGGAGACUGGGCAAGGGAAACGCGACUGAGGACUGAAGGACAGGGAAUGAAAAUCAGGCUCACUUAACACUUGACAAAAUGGACUCUUGUGAAUGUUAGCAGCUAAUAUUCACUGUUGCACUGUAUGACGUCUCUGAAGUGUAAUUAAAAGUUUUUAUUGCGCCCUCAGCUCCGGCUUGCGCAGAUUUUUCGAGGCUGCAACAGGGGACAUGUACCACAUAUUCUCGGUUCAUCUUCUCUAGUCCCUCCCCCUCCGGCUGGGUGAUUGAUAGACAUUCCA